GGAGAAGAAAGAAGGGGAAAAGAGGCUUUCAAGAGAAAGCUAGGGAGCCAACAACACCCUGUAAUCCGUGACAGGAUUACAAAACUAAAGAUUCCCAGUGGUCCCGCCUGAUAGAUGAGAGGCGCAAUUUAGGAGCUGUUUGCUACUGAGUUGAAACAAUUCCGCAGAAACACAUUUGGCUAAGGAGCCAUGGAACCAGGAGAGAGGCACCCUCAGCAGAUAAGGCAAGUGCUGCUUUUCUUUGUUUUCCUGGGAGGGUCUUUGGUGUGUUCAGAGCCCUGGCACUAUUCUGUGGCAGAGGAAAUGGAGAUCGGCUCUGUUAUAGCCAAUGUGGUGAAAGAAAUAGGUUUGGCUGUGGAAGACUUGGUUGCACGGGGGGCGAGAGUCAUCUUUGACGACUAUAAACCAUAUUUACAGUUGGAUCCACAGACUGGCAACUUGCUCUUAAAUAAGCAACUGGACCGGGAGGCACUUUGCCAUUUCACAGAGCCAUGUAUAUUGCAUUUCCAGGUAUUAUUUGAAAAUCCUUUACAAUUUUUUCGGGCUGAACUUUGGGUUAAAGACAUAAAUGAUCAUGCCCCUGCUUUCCUAGACAAGCAAAUAAUUCUGAAAAUCUCAGAAGCUACUGCUCCAGGAACCUCAUUCCAAAUGGACAGUGCUCAGGACUUGGAUGUAGGAAAGAAUGGUGUCCAAAACUACACAUUAAGUCCCAAUCCUUAUUUCCACCUUAAAUUACAAGACAGUGAUGAUGGCAGAAAAUUCCCAGAGCUGUUACUGGACCAAUCUCUGGAUCGGGAAAAGGAGCCCGAGUUCAGAUUAACGCUAACAGCCUUGGAUGGUGGGUCUCCGCCCAGGUCUGGAACUACACUGGUUCGUGUUUUGGUUUUAGAUAUCAAUGACAAUGCACCAGAGUUCGAAAGGCCUGUCUAUGAGGUUCAGGUACCAGAAAACAGCCCUGUGGACUCCUUGGUCAUCAGGGUGUCUGCUACAGAUUUGGAUGCGGGAAUAUAUGGAGAAUUAUCCUACUCAUUUUCUCACGUCUCCACAGACAUUCGGAAAACAUUUGAAAUCCAUCCAGUUUCUGGUGAAAUCCAUUUAAAAGCGCUUCUGGAUUUCGAGUUCAUUCAGUCAUAUACAAUAAAUCUCCAGGCCAUUGAUGGGGGUAGCCUUUCCGGAAAAUCAGCAAUUUUAGUUCAGGUUGUGGAUGUGAAUGACAACGCACCAGAAAUAGUCAUGACAUCUCUGACUAGCCCCAUACCUGAAAAUUCGUCACCUGAAAUGGUGGUCGCUGUUUUUAGCGUACGUGACCUAGAUGCUGGGGACAACGGGAGGAUGGUGUGCUCCAUUCAGGAUGACCUCCCUUUUCUCUUGAAGCCUACGUUUAAGAAUUUCUACACCCUGGUAACAGAGAGCCCCCUAGAUAGAGAGAGCCAGGCCGAGUACAACAUCACCAUCACCGUCACCGACCUGGGGACCCCCAGGCUGAAAACUCAGCACAACCUAACGGUGACGGUGUCCGACGUCAACGACAACGCCCCGACCUUCAGCCAGACGACCUACACCCUGCGCGUCCUCGAGAACAACAGCCCCGCGCUGCACAUCGGCAGCGUGAGCGCCACCGACAGAGACUCGGGCGCCAACGCCCAGGUCACCUACUCGCUGCUGCCGCCUCACGACCCGCAGCUGCCGCUGGGCUCGCUGGUGUCCAUCAACGCGGACAACGGGCAGCUGUUCGCGCUCAGGUCGCUGGAUUUCGAGGCGCUGCAGGCGUUCGAGUUCCGCGUGGGCGCGGCCGACCGCGGCUCGCCGGCGCUCAGCAGCCAGGCGCUGGUGCGCGUGCUGGUGGCGGACGCCAACGACAACGCGCCCUUCGUGCUGUCCCCGCUGCAGAACGGCUCGGCGCCCUGCACCGAGCUGGUGCCGCGGGCGGCCGAGGCGGGCUACCUGGUGGCCAAGGUGGUGGCGGUGGACGGCGACUCGGGCCAGAACGCCUGGCUGUCGUACCAGCUGCUCAAGGCCACGGAGCCCGGGCUGUUCGGCGUGUGGGCGCACAACGGCGAGGUGCGCACGGCGCGGCCGCUGAGCGAGCGCGACGCCGUCAAGCACAGGCUGCUGGUGCUGGUCCGGGACCACGGCGAGCCGCCGCUGUCGGCCAGCGUCACGCUGCACGUGCUGCUGGUGGACGGCUUCUCGCAGCCCUACCUGCCGCUGCCGGACGCGGCGGCGGCCGAGGCCCGCGCCGACCCGCUCACCGUCUACCUGGUGGUGGCCUUGGCGUCCGUGUCGUCGCUCUUCCUGUUCUCGGUGCUGGUGUUCGUGGCGGUGCGGCUGUGCAGGAGGAGCCGGGCGGCGUCGGGGGGCGGCUGCUUGGUGCCCGAGGGCCCGUUUCCGGGCCACCUGGUGGACGUCAGCGGCGCGGGGACCCUGUCUCACAGCUACCAGUAUGAGGUGUGUCUGACGGGAGGAUCUGGGACCACUGAGUUCAAGUUCCUUAAACCAGCUCUCCCCAACCUCCCUCCCCCAGAUCCUAGAACAGAGGAAAGCCACACUUUCCUGAAUGGUUUUGAGUUCAUUUAGGAAUUUGAUUAUUGUGCAGAACUUUUAUAAUGAGUGCUAUUUCUUUGUAAAAUGUAUUCAUUGUAAUGUAAAAUUCUUUGUUUUGGGUAACUUCAUUUUACUUAAGAGUUUUCAGAAGUUUUAGUGAUUUGUCUGUUUUCUGCUCUUUUUCAUCUUAAUUGUCGAAAAUACUAAGGAAGCUAGUACUUGCUUGGUCUUUCUUCCAAAAUGCAACCUCAAACAAUUUAUUCAAAUAUAUAGCAUUUCCCCUUCGAUAUUAAUGUAACGCUGGGCUCAGCCAUAUUCUUUGGCUGUUCUGAGCGCUAGAUCCUCUCACUGAAAUCUAUAUGUUUGAUAGAGGAAAAUGCAUGGUAUAAAUAAAAACCAUCCAUGGUUUCUAAGAUGUUAUUUAGUUUUUUUUUUUAAAGCAUAAUCUUUCCGUUCUACCUUUCUGCCAAAUAUUUCAGAGUAAUUUUUCUGCACUUGGGUAUUUUUUUUUGUAAACAUCUUGAGAAUGGUAUAUAUUUCUGGUAGAUGUUAUAUUAAAAUAAAUUGUAAUCUUGUUUGGAUUAAGAUAUCUAUCCAGACCACUCAUCUUGUCUGAGAACUUCCUGGGACUUCCCAAGGGAGUCAUAACAAAUGAGCUGCUUAUUAUACUUUUCUUUACCUCUCUUGGUCAUUUUUUAUUGGUCCAGUUACAGUCUCCUAAUUAAAGUAGGAAUAGUCACAUUCUCCAAGUCCCUGAGUUUGUAAUUAUGAUGUAUUUCAUCUAUUGUUUUUCUUGAUUUCUAGUAACUAGGAAAUAUUAAGUAUGGACUGAGGUAGCCAUGUUUAUACUUGUGUAGGUUGGCAGAACAGAAUGGCAUGUAGAGAGGGAGGAAGUAAAGGAGGAUUGGAAGAAAAGUGAGAAGGAAUAAGGGAGUGGUAGAAGCAGAAGCCCAAGAAACAGAAGAGACUAAGAAUCGCUUGGUUGUAGACUCGUCAGUUCCUGAUUUCAGUGUUCCUAAGUCCCCUUUGUCUAAUUUUCCUUGUGCUCUACAGUAAAACUCCAUUACCUAAUAAUAAAACUCCUUUAUUUAACCUAUCUUGGGGAGAGUGGAUUUCUUGAAACCAAAAGAGAUAGAAAAGAUACAUGCUAUCUUGAGUACUCAAUUAGACUAUUUACCAUAAAACCUAGGUCUUUUGCUUUUAAUUUAAUUUUACAUUUUGCUUUUAAAUUAAUGUAAUAAAUGGAAUAAAAAAUGUAAAAGCUCAGAAAGAACUAAUCUAUAUUAGAAAAUUUUGUUAUAAAACUUAAUUUUAUAAACUAUGUAUGAGCUCUUUCAACAGAAAGAUGCUACAAAAGAUUUUAUGGAAUGGAAUAUUUUGUUAACAGGUUUCCAUGCAUUUAUUUUAUGUUCUCCAGGGUUAGUUUUAAAAAGUAACACUGAAAUUGUUAUUGUUUGGAUAUCUAUACAUCAUACCUUCCUUAUCAUCUCUUUCUUUUAAAAAUAACUGAGUUCAAUGUGAGCAGAAUUAUUUCAUCAUCUAAUGUAAAAUCUUCAGGACCUAUACAUAAUCCAAUUUAUAGAUCAUAAGUGUUAAUUCAUGAUUUCAUUAAUAGUAAUUUGAUUGACACAUACUCUAUUACUAGAACACUCAGGAAAAAAAUUCAAGCUUCCUGCCAAGUAUAUGGGCUUAAAAUUUUCUCCUUAGAAGAGAAAAUAAAGAGAAAAUUACCUGAGAGAUGCAGAUGGGAAUGAAAAACUAAUUUUGAUCCAUUCACUUACUGACAUAGGUACCAGUUUCUAUUAAUAUUUUUAAAAAUGCAUGGACAUUAAGGGCACAUUUUCUUGGACAUUCGAUUUCAUAAUAAAGAGUCUGGU